UAAACAGCUGUGCUGUCUGAGCAUCUGUCCCAAUAUUACUACUAAGUCCCAGUGGCCAUUCCUGGCACAUUCUCUUGGUACAAAAAUAACACAAUGACAUAACCUAUCUGCCUGGUUCAGCACCAUGGUAUAUGGUAUUUAAUCUGACCUGAGUGACAACAUUAAUGCUCUCUUUUCCCCACCUGACCACAUUGAUGCUCUCUUUUCCCCACCUGACCACAGAAAUUUUCUUUUUUCCCCACAUGACCAUAUUAAUGCUCUCUUUUCCCCACCUGACCAUAUUAAUGCUCUAUUUUCCCCACCUGACCAUAUUAAUGCUCUAUUUUCCCCACCUGACCACAUUAAUGCUAUCUUUUCCCCACCUGACCACAUUAAGGCUCUCUUUUCCCCACCUGACCACAUUAAGGCUCUCUUUUCCCCACCUGACCACAGAAAUGCUCUCUUUUCCCCACCUGACCACAGAAAUGCUCUCUUUUCCCCACCUGACCACAGAAAUGCUCUCUUUUCCCCACCUGACCACAUUAAUGCUCUCUUUUCCCCACCUGACCAUAUUAAUGCUCUCUUUUCCCCACCUGACCACAGAAAUGCUCUCUUUUCCCCACUUGACCACAGAAAUGCUCUCUUUUCCCCACCUGACCACAGAAAUGCUCUCUUUUCCCCACCUGACCACAUUAAUGCUCUCUUUUCCCCACCUGACCAUAUUAAUGCAUUCUUUCCCCCUCAUCUGCUUUUGGCCUAAACCUUCUUGUUUUCUCUAUGAAUUAUCUGAGUAAGAUUAAGGCCUCAUUCUUAUUUUCCACAAUUCUUUGAGAAUGCUAUCGUUUAGAAAUAUACUACUAGUAAUAUGCAUAAAUAUAUAUGCGCAUAUAUUAUCAACUGUUGAUAACUGUUAUAGUUUCAUAAAAUAAGAAAUACAUUUUCUUAUUUUUUUCUGAGUUUUCAGAGGUUUCCGGUAUAGGCUACAUUAGUUAUUUUUUCUUAGACUAACAGGAAAGAUGUCAUACAGUGAGUGACCUUUUCAAAAGCCCUCAUUAGAGAAGAUACACCUCUCACUUGUUUUUCAGUACAGUGAGAAAAUGUGUGUGUGUUAUGACGGUUGCUCUUAUCUCUGUUUGUGUGUGUGAUUGUGUGUGUGUUUGUGUGUGUGUGAGCUCCGAAAGGGCUGGUCAGUUUAGAAGCUAAUCUACCCAACACAAGGGCGAUUCUCCCCUGCUCAACACGAUAAUGGUGAAUGGGGUGGUCCCUCCCAUUGACUCCAGAGUGGUGUCAGACGCUGCUGGACAAGGUGUGACCAUCACUGGAGAGAAUACCUACAACAACUGGGACUGGACCAAUUCGGUUGUCUUUGCUGCCACUAUUGUCACUACCAUAGGUUAUGGUAAUGUUGCCCCAAAGACGGCUGGCGGCCGUAUAUUCUGCAUCCUGUAUGGCCUGUGUGGGAUCCCUCUCUGCCUCACCUGGAUUAGUGAGCUGGGCUCGUUCUUCGGAGACAGAGCCAAGCGCCUGGGACAGGUCCUGGUACUCAAAGGCCUUAGUGUGAAAAAGGUCCAGUUGAUCUGCACGGCCAUCUUCCUCCUGUGGGGUCUGCUGGUACACCUGGUGAUCCCCCCGUUUGUGUUCAUGUCCCUGGAGGGAUGGUCGUACCUGGAGGGCUUCUACUUCUCCUUCAUCACCCUCACCACUGUCGGCUUCGGGGACUACGUCGCAGGUAUCAAUCCAAACAUAGACUACCCAAGGCUGUACCGGGUGUUUGCAGAGGUGUGGAUCUACAUGGGUCUGGCCUGGCUGUCUCUGUUCUUCAGCUGGAACGUCCACAUGGUUGUGUCGGCUCACAAGGUCCUGAAGAAGAGAAGACAGAGACACAGGAUGGACCACCUGGACCAUCGAUGGCAGCUCGAGAAGGACGACAUCCGCAGCCCUCGCCGCCUCCCCACCGCCGUCGACAUCUUCAACUUCCUGUCUGAGAAGCAUGAGGACUACAGCACCGCCAUCAGGCAGAUUGGCGCUGCCGCAAAGCCGAAGACGGAAUUCAAGGAGUUGAGUCGUUCAAAGAGCUGUAGUGACAUCCUGGGGACGAAUAUCCAAACCCUGGAGCAUUCCCCACGCCGCCUGAGGCGCCACCUUAGCAUCAGUCACAAUAUGUUACUCAGCAGCUUUGGGAUGGGAGAGGAGGGGCAGAGGCUUAUCGAGGAUGACCCUGUCUUUAUGAAAGACCCUGUGUUUGAGGAGAACUGUCUGGAUAGGGACACUAGAGCGAAGGCUGUUUAUGUGUCCAACUCAAAAGAGAACCUAAACCCCGUCGAUCUAGGUCCUAACAUCAACAAAGAGGAGAAUGUUCAGAAUCAAGAUGGUGGAGAGAAUAGGUUUACUGUAUCAAAGGUAGUGGAGGGGGAUUCGGGAGAGGAGAAUGAUGAGAAAGGCUGAAGCCUUGGAUCCAUCCUCUUCCUGGAGAACUGAAUGAUGUAAUCAAAAGGGGACUAUCGCGCUCUCCUAGAAGUUUGGUUGGUGCAGAAAACCUGUGAAUUCAGAUAAAUAAAAAGGUAUGAUGGGUCUGUGAUGGGUCCGCGGAUCAUCACAACUUUUUAUUUAUUGUACCCAUCACACCUUUUCAUUUAUCACCCCAUCACACCUUUUAAUUUAUCACCCCAUCACACCUUUUUAUUUAUCACCCCAUCACACCUUUUUAUCCAUCUGAACUGAAUGAUGUAGAAGCAUCAUAACAAGGUCCUGGGACAACCAGAGACUGGUGGUGAGGAGUGGAAACAAAUUUUCAACGGUUUUCCUUAACAUAGUGAUCAGUGAAAUGUAUGACGCAAGAUUAUCAAGGCCUAAGAUCAUGAACACAGUCUGGACAACUUCCUGUCUUCUCUGUUAUCUUUAUCUCGAUGUUAAACACACAUUUUGGUCUGUGGGAAAAGUAAAAGAAGGAAAAUAUAGCAAACGAUGGACUCCUCAGAGUUGCCAGUGUGAUUUACCUGACUCUAAAAUGAGAAACUGAAAGCAAUGUAGUUUGUCUAUUGUUACAAACUGCCUACAGAAAUAAAGUUUACAUGCGUUUCUAUGCAA